AUGACUGAUCUUUUUUCAAUAUCGGAUCGAAUAUCGUCGAAAUCUCGACGAACCUAUUCACAACGAAAUGUUUCUUCACUGCAUUUGGAAUUGACAAAAAAUUGUAAAUUAAUUAAUGUAAAAACAUCGAAAACAACUAUACUCAAUCGAACGCUUAGUUUCAAACCAUUACCAGUCACAAGUUCAUCAUUAACUAAUGUAGAAAAUACUCCGAUGAAAAAGAUUUCCAAUGAAUCGAACAAAUCUAGUGUAGCUUCAAAAGCACAAGAAAUAAUUGAGGAAACUCCAAUUAAAGAAGAAACUAUCGAAAAUGAUACAAUGUCAUCAGAUAAAAUGACGCGUGACAUUCAAAAACUUGCUCAUCGUCUUCGCUCUUCUAUUCCAUUGUAUGAAAAGUCCGUUUUUGAUAAUCAAUCAACUAAACCGACUGCUCUUCAUCUAUCGCAAGUAGUCAAUCGUGUGUCUCGUUGUAAUUAUGUUCUAAGAAAUUUUGUUCGCGAAGCACAAAAAUAUUCAGCUACAACAAAUGAAAUACAAAUAAAAUCCGUUGUAUCACUGCAAUCAAGUGAAAAAGGUCGACGUCGUCUUUUCAUUGAUUCUCCCAAACAAGAUACAACUAGUUGCGCUUCUGAAAAUCAACCACCAACAACGCCUCGAAAAGCCAGUGGUGUUAUAAAACAAUUAUUCGCUUCUCCUUCACCAUCUUUUAAACGAACUCCAUCGUCAUCGAAUAUUAAUUUUGUUGUUGAUGAUAAACGUCAAAAACUUUUCUAA